UUUCGUCUUUCCACCUCCAUAUCAUCGAUUACCGCCAUAUUGAAUGAUAUACACAGUUAAUGACCCUUCACUCUACGCACUAAACCCAACUUGUUGAUCGAAAACCCUAAUCGUUCAUUGAAAUCUUGCAUUUGAUCAUCAACCGCAAUCGUAAGUUUGAAUCCACGAGUAUGGUCCAAAUGUGGGAAAUCAGGCCAAGAAAUCAGUGUUUUGAUGCAAUCCGAAUUUACAAAGGAUAUCCCACGAUGUUCACUAUUGAGCUCCAUCAUGGAGGGAGGUUCACAAAAUUCCCACGGAUAAGCUACAUUGAAGGAAAAUUAGACCACAUUGACUUGGUAGACAUGGAUGAGUUCUUUGUGCAUGAGUUGGACGAGGUGAUGCUGAAGCUUGGUUAUGAUGUACCACCAGUCAUUUACUACCACUAUCAAUUGCCAAAUGGAGAUUUGGAGUUUGGUCUUAGAGCUCUAGGGAAUGAUAUUGAUGUACUUAGUCUUGCACGGUACAUUGAACAUCAUAAGAUCAUCAAGGUAUACACUGAACAUAAUGAAACUAAGUUACUUACAUACUUUAUGUCUCCAAGAGUUAAACCUAGGGUCAUAAUUGAGGAAAUAGCAGAUGAUGUGCCCACUGCAACUGUUGGUGAUCAAGAUGUCCCAAAUCUUGAAUUGUGUUUAGUAAGAUAUGAGACACCCGAAUACAAUUCAAAUAAGAGAUUGAGGUUAGUUGAUGGGAGUCAAUCAUAUAGUAAGAAAUUGUGUUUCAACUUGGAACACACUGCAACUGUUGGUGAUCAAGAUGCACAUGUUGAAAUUGGUAAUGAAGGUGCAAAUAUUAGUGAGCAAGGUGCAACUGUUGGUGGUCAAGAUACACAUGUUGAAAUUGGUAAUGAAGGAGCAAAUGUUAGUGAUCAAGGUGCAGCUGUUGGUGAUCAAGAUACAGAAGUUCAUGAUCAAGGUGCAAAUGUUGGUGACCAAGAAGUAAAUACAAGAGAGUUUGAUACCUUUGAUGACCAACCAUUUCAAUUUGAAGACUUUGAUCUUUUCUUUGAUCAAUAUACUUUUAAUGAUGGACUUGGUGAAGGGGGUAGUGAAGGGGGUAGUGAAGGGAGUGAGGAAGACAGUGACUUUCUUGAAGAUGAAGAAAACUAUGUAAGUGAUAUUGAGGUGGACAUGAGUGAUUUCUAUAUGAAUGUUGAUCUAGAUGUUGAAUAUGUUGAUAGAGGAAAAGGUGUUGAGAUUGAAAAUGAAGUUGUUGAUAUGGAAGAUGUUGAAGAUGUUGAAGUAAUUGAUAAUGAUGAAUGGGACUCAUUAGGUGAAGAUAGUGAUGAUGAAAGAAGGAAAGCAAUAUUAAAACAGAUGGUGAAGGAGAAGAAGUGCUCUCUUGGUGAAGUCCAUACAGUUACUUUUCAAGUGGGUCAAAAGUAUAAAAGUAAAAAGGAAAUUAAGGACAAAGUCAACAAACUUGCCAUUGAGACUAGAAGGAAUCUUGGCUUCAAGAAAAACGACAAAACAAGGCUUAGGGUUGUGUGUAAAGGUAAUGUACCUAAUGUAAAUGCAAGUGGGGCAGAGCAAAGAUCAGAUAUAUUGCUCAACAAUUUAUAUGAGGUUUUCAACAGUAAGCUUAUUCAUGGUAGGAAUAAGCCCAUCAUAAGUUGUCUUGAGUACAUCAGGCAGUACCUUAUGAAGAGGAUUUGCAAUGUGAAGAAAGUGAUGUCCAAAGCUCCAGGUCCACUCACUCCAACAACAUCAAAGUUACUUGAGAGAAAUAGGGAAGCUUCAGUCCAAUAUAGAGCUAGAUGGAAUGGGACUGCAAAGUAUGAAGUUUAUGGUCCUUGGCAUGACCAGCAUGUGGUUGACAUGACAAAUAUGUCAUGUACAUGUAGAAGGUGGGAAUUGAAUGGGAUUCCAUGCAGGCAUGCCAUAGCUACAAUACAUGAAAUGGCUGAUAGUGGAGACAAAGUUGGGGAGCUUUACACUUAUGUCAACAAAGUGUAUUGGCUUCAAACAUGGAAUGAAGCUUACUCUUACACUGUGGACCCUAUAAAGGGUAGAGCCAUGUGGCCAAAAAGUACCUGUCCAUUUCAAUUAACACCACCACCACAUCACAAUCAACCUGGGAGACCUAAGACCAAGAGAAAGAGAAGUGCAGAUGAAAAAUAUGAUAAACAAAUGCAAAAUCAUGGUGCAGGUGAACCUGAAAAACUUACCAGAAAGUUUGUUAGUGUCAGGUGUGGGAAAUGCAACAAUAGGGGUCAUAACUCAAGGACGUGCAAGGGUCAAGGUGGGAAUGCAGGAAGCAAUGAAGGAGGGAAUGCAGGAAGCAGUCAAGGAGGGAAUGCAUGAUGCAGUCAAGGAGGGAAUGGAGGUAGCAGUCAAUGCAGGAAUUAGUGUAUUUUGUUUAAAAACUUAUCUUUUGGUUUAGCACAACUUUUGUGCAUUUGGAUGUAAUGGUUUAAAACUAGUUUGUUGUAAUGGUUUUAUUUUGGUCUUUUAGCCCUUUUGGUCAUGAAAUAAUGUCAACCUUUUGUCAUUGUUGAA